ACUAGUGAAAAAAUAGAGAAGCAUGGUUUGUGAAUUGUGACAACGCCUUGUUGUCAGAAAUCGGAAUGGGUUUCCCGCCCAGGCAAUCAUAUCCCCUUUCAAAUUCCCCCACCCUCGCCGGCUACAACACCACCAUUCUCACUUUUUGAGAUCUCAGGCGAAGACAAUUCUCUCCAACAAAAAUCUGACACCCUUUCUUCUUCCCCUCUUUCUCUCUCCUCCAAUUUCAGUAUCAGUACUAAAGGUAUACAGGUAGCCAGGUACAUGGGAAUGGUUGGACUUACGACAACAAAGAAAAUCUUAAUAAUAAUGAAAACGAGUAGUGCCUAAUCUUAGCGUUGAACUACAAAAAAUGAAGAGGAGCAAAAAAGCUGGUGGGUACAAUUUGAGGAAAAGUUUGGCUUGGGACAGGGCUUUUCUCACUGAAGAAGGUGUCCUUGAUGAUUCAGAGUUAUCUAUGAUUAGUGGGACGGUAGUUGAUACAGACAGUCUCUCUGUCAUAGAUGAACGAGGGCGAGACUCGUUGCCUAUGAACUAUGGCUUAGCUGAUGUGGGGACUCUUGAAGAAGAUCUAUUCAAAGAACUGCCAUCUGGUUACCCUAAUAAAAGAAAUGCUACUAGUAGUUCAUUUGUGAAGCGGGAUUCCAUUACUGGUGGUUGUCUAGUUUCAGAUUCCAAAUCCUCACAGAAGGUUUCUCCUGGCCAUCGUCUUAAGAAGAUUGUAUGUACAGGAGAAGUUUAUUCUUCUCCGAUGGCUUCUGUUUCCCAGAAGAGGAUUCUAAACACAGGAACUAGGCAAAUUUCGACAAGAAACUCAAAAAUUCCUAAAUUUCCAGUUUCGAAGAAAAUUCCUUCUGCGUCUGCCAUGACAUCUAAACAUAGUGCAGCAGGUGGUGAAAGCAUGUUGAAGUGUACAGGAAAUUCUCAACCAGGAGCCCGGAAAAGUCUAAGCUUGACAUUAUCAUCAAAAACCAAAGAUGCUUCUAGUGCUGCAAAAGCGAGUUUGGAUUCAUUACCUAAGCAUAACAAGCCUUCUGCUGUUGUUGGAAAUGUUGUGACAAACUCAGCUUUGCCAAUGCAUUCAUUGAUGAGCCACAAAGCUCAAGACACCACCAAAAUUGGCAAAUAUCCAGAAAACAAUUCAAUUCAGGGCCUUCUGCCUCGUGGGACAGAUAGGGUCAAGCCCAGUGAUGGAACAAGCAGCAGUACAGCCAUGUCCCAUGUUCACUCUGAUAAUGCUGGACUUAGCAGGAAAACUGCUAAAGUUCAAGCAGUAAAACCUUCAGGAUUACGAAUGCCCUCACCAUCUCUUAGAUUCUUUAGUGAGACCAAGGGACCUGUUUCAAGUACUUCAUUGCAGGCUAAUUGUGCACCACCUGACCUCCUCAAGUCUGCCAUCCCAUUUCCAAGGAAUUCCAAAGUUGCAGAUCACAAUCAUGGUUUUAAGCCUACACAGAUAUUACAUGGAGCCCGUGUUGAUGUGAUGGGAAAAGCAGGGCCAUGCUCACAAAAGACAGACAAAUGCUCAAAUUCAUCAAUGGUUGCCCCUAAAGUGCAUGCCGAGGUACUACAAGACACAUGCAAUCAGCAAACAGUUGAAGUUCAAAUUCCCUUAGGAGACGAGAAUUCUAAAGCAUUACGAGGCGAGCAUGUUAGAUAUGAUAACCUUGAUGAAUGUAGCGAACAUAAAGAUCAGGUGCCAACUUCUUCAAAGGUUGAAGACAAGGAGUGCAAUACUAUAUCCUCUCUUGUGGAAGUUGAGGAAACCAGCUAUAAAGCCACCAAUCUAUCUCAGUAUAGUAGAACUGUGGAUAGAAGUAAGUUCGAUGAAUCCUGUGAGUCUUGUCAGGAAGUUCAAUUAAGUGCGGUUUGUGAAACUGAUAAAGUUCAAUCUCGUCUAUCGGAAGGUGUGGAGUUCAAUAUAUCAGUCAAGAAUAAUGAUAUUAUAUCCGAAUCACAAACUAAUUUGAAUAGUCAUCACAGAGCACUGAUGUUGGCUUCUGAUAGUAAUCCAUCAAGCAGCAUUCUUGAUGAUAACAGAACCCCUGGUGAAAAAAUUAGUGGUAAUUCAGAUCAGACUAACAGUCAAGGAAGCAUGAAGGUGCAGCUUGAUGAAAGAAUUUUGCUUUCAGAUGAAAAAUUUUCAAUAAAAUUGGAUAAAAACGACUCUUCUGUUCAGGACAGCAUUAUUGAUGAUGGAGUUACAGUGAUCUGCAAUCCUAAUACCAGUGUAGCAUAUGGGUCAAAGCAUGAGCUUGUAGACGUUGAACAAGAUGAAAUGAUAUUUGAUAGUAAGUUGUUAGCUAUGAAGCUCAGUGAAAGUUUUGAAGAGCAGGGAAAAGCAGUUGAAAACUAUGACAUGCAGCUGAGAAGCUCUACAAACUCCGAAAAUUGUGAUAACAAUGUCCUGGAAGUUGUGGAGCUUUCUAGUUAUUGCGGUGAAGGACAAACUCAGUCCUUUAGACAUGAAGUAGCUGAAAAUAGUUAUACUGCUCGUUGUGCUGUAAUAUCUAAUUACCAAUGCACAGAAAUUAAAGAAGCCACAUACGUUAACGUACAUAAGCAAGAGGUCAAUGAUAGCAAAUUGGUUGUAAACGAAAUGAUGCUCCAGAGUAAUGAUGCAGACUUGAUUUGCAGUAUAGUGUCACAGGACACUUGUUAUACUAUGAAUCAAGGAAUCGCUAGUCCAAGAAUUUCUGAUGAUAUAGAUCAAGUGAACAAUAGCACGGAGGAAGUUAAGGACCAAAUUGAUUUGCUUACCUGUCUUACUCAAACUACUCGUCUGGAAUUUCAAUCAUCUGGAAUGAGAAGCAAGGAUCAGGUUGCCAUUCCUGUAGCAAAUCCGGAUAUGGAAGAAUCUUUAUGUCCAGUCAAUACACAUGAUAUAGCACCUAGAGAUAUGUUGAUGAGAGUAACUCUCGAGGAGUAUAUUGAAUCAGAUGAACCUGGACACAAUCUCUCUCCAAGAGAAGCUACAAUGAAAAUUUCUCAGCAUGCUAAUAGCUUAACGGAUGAAAGUACAUGCAAUACAGAAGGUUUAGAUGACGAGAGUGCAAUUUCCGAACAGAGGACACAUGACCAGAAGCUGAUGAGGCCACCACCAAAUGUUGUUCCAUUUUCAGAUGAGUGGCUUGCUGCUAUUGAAUCUGCUGGAGAGGAAAUUUUAACGCUGAAGACUGGUGCUGUCAAACAUUCACCUCCAGACAAGUCAAUACCUGAGCCUGGUCCAUGGUCCCCGGAGACAAGGAAGGAGAAGAAGAUGAGUCAGGGGAAGUCAAUUGGGCUUGUGGGUUUGAAGGAGAUGGGCUUGAUUAUUGAAGUCCAAUACCAAGCCCAAUGGGCUUUGCUGCUUCCAUUGAUGAUGAUGACGUUGAGAACUUGAAGUUGGUGUUGUAUACCUUAAUCUUUUAAUAGUAUCACUACUAUUACUUACUGCUUCAAAAUCAAAGGUAGAUGAAUUUGUAUUAGGAAGAAACAGAGGAGGUGGAGGUGCUCCCCUGAUCUUUCUUUCUCUCUCCUCUUUCUCACGUGAGUUUGAAAUUUUUAUAAUUAAUGUUAUGUCAGCUUUUUCUUUUUAAUUAAUGCCAUGUCACAUUUUAUUUUUAUUUUUGGGGAUGUUAACGGUACAAACCAAAGUUCAGUACCUUAAGUUAACAGACAUCCAAUUUGAGUACCUUAACUGGUACAUUUGAAAGUUCAGUACCUUAACUGAUACUUUCAUCAAAGUUCAGUACCCUCCUAGACACUUAACUCACAUUCUUACUAUUAGACUUCGGGAAGACUGAGGGAAAUAACUGGUGCUGUUUAACAUGGUACUGGCUUUUCUCAGUGACUUCUCUUAGAUUUUGAUGUAGCUUUUGUCAGAUUAGUUCACCAUAUAUUUUAUGAUAUACUAAAUGACCUCCCUCAAAAAAAGAAAAAGGAAACGUUGUCAUUUUCACCCAUGUAUUGAAGUAAAAGGAAGCAUUGUCGUUCUCAGGAUCUUUAUGAACAAUUUCGUGGAAAUUCCUUUUUUUUCCCUUAAACACCUUGCUGGUGGGUAGCGACAGCUUCUUAUGCAUGAGGGGUGUUGACUGGUGAGGCUCGAAAGAAUCAUAAAGUACCUCUUUUACCUCAAGAAUGAAUUUUGAAAUUGACUUUUUUGUCCUUUAUAUGACCAGCUUAAUUUAUCAUGUCCUCAUGCUCUUCAAGUUGAAAGUCAUCAGCAAUUCUAAAUACUGUUUAGUUAGCUGCCUACUUCAGUAAAUAAAAUAGGUACCACUACGUUCUUCACCUCAUGCACUAGAAUUACUUUGUAUUCUCUGCACCAAUAGAAAACUAGUCAACGGUUUUUUUGUCUCUUAGAACUUUUCUGAUGCCUAAUUGACUGAGUUUCGUAACGAGCUACGCAUUUGGAGUAGUGGACAGAAUGCAUAUAAUUUGAGCAUUUAUGUAGAACUAUUUAGAAUUGACUAUGUUGAUUUUCUUUUAUCUUGUCUUUAUUUUAUUUUUUCCUUCUCUGUUGUUCUUUCUUUGGGUAACAAGAACAUAAACGAUAGUAGAAUACUAUUGCACUGGCUGCAAGACGCUAUCUUCUGUAUACCUAAGAAGUCAGAUCGCAGUUAAAUUAUUUUCUCAUCUUUUAUAAAGAAGGGGCACUCCUUUAUAAACAACUAUAGUUCCUGCAGGCUGCAACAACAUAGUUCCUUAAAAGACUCCACUGUCUUCUGGACAUGAAGGGAUUCCAGGAGACAAAUCACCAUGGUAUAGUGAUAUUUAUUGGUUAUUGGUCAGGAUUGAGAAUAGGAAUAAAUACUUAUAUGUUAAAGUUUCUUGAGAAAUAUUACAGACCACAACUUUGUAUAUCAGAUGAAACAAGCUUGAAUAAGAUUUGUCUUGCACCAAACUAUAAUUCCUUCCACUGAUCACCUGCUGUUCUGAUUCAUUUAUUUUUCCAUUAGAGAUACUGAAUUGAUAUAGGACAUAUUACCGAAUGAAUGUUGAGGAAUUUUACUUGCUCCCUCAUUUUCUUUAUUACUGUAGGCCUGCAGCAACCAAAAGCCUUAAUCCUGAUGCCAAAAUGGUAUUUGUAAGUGUAACUGAAGAAUUUGAAUCAAGAAUCUGAAUGUCUCUGAAAAGGUCUCCAAAACCUGCUUACUUGGCUCAUCACCAUUAUCUAGAAUUACAGAAACAACCCAAUGAUGAUAACAAGAUGUUAAUAUAGUAGUAAUGCAGCUCUCUGAUCCCCUUUAUCUUCACUCAUCUUUUGAAUCUUCCUUCUCAAAGAAUUCCUCACGAGCUUUUAAAUGAUCUGAAUCCUCCUAGCUUCAUUGGUUAAAUUACGAAGAAUGGAUUUUAGAACACUUGUUACCUUGCAUGUGGAUCAACCCAUUCGAUCUUUCCUUAAAAUCUUGCAACUUCUUGCCAUUAUUACCAAUCUUACGAGCGUUAACAGAAUCAAGCAUAACUAAGUUGCCUUUUUGAACACUAAAUCGCUGCAAUGGCUCUCCUAAGAAAGGCUUUAACAUUCCUAGAAUCACUGUCUAAAAUCAGCAAACACUAUUGACCAACUCGUGUUCCUAAAAGAUUAAGCUAAUUUUCUUUUUUGUUUGUCCCUAAAAGAUUUCCCCAUCUUCUAUCGUGGUGACAUGGUCCCGUUAGUCUCUGUCUGCCUUUUCUUUUACCCCCACACACAAAAAUACAUAUCUACCUGCCCACUUAACAACACUUAAUAAAGCAACCAUAACGAAAUGGGAAUGGGGUCAAUUUCUAAGGGAUGGAGGGAGUAAAGGACAAGCAACUACAUUACGACUUAAUCGUUAUACAAGUAUAUUCUGGGAUACGUCAAAUUGGCCCGUGGUCAACCUGAGAUAGGUAUUUGGUCCUGGCCACUCUGUGUACCUACCAAAAAAAAGCUAACAUGAUAAACUGAUAAUUGAAAAGAGACCAGCAAUAGAAAGACCUAAUCCUCAAACAAUAGUAGAAGAGUAACAUGCAAGGACAAUCAUCUAACAAUGAAUUCACUCAUUAGCCUAAAUUGCUAUCUCAUGGCUGUGUUGGAAUGUGUCAACAACCAAGCACUGUUUUGUCAAAGAUCUUGGUAUAAUAGUUUUAGUGGCAGUGUGCACUUGAUCCUGGAUCACGAAAGAAUAGCUUUACUUCUGAGUAUAUGUUGCUGGUAUCAGUUACCAAAUCCAUGUAUGGCAGUGGUUCAAAAGUAGCAUCCACGUUAUGAACCAAUCUGACUUCCUCUAGUACAAGUUUGCUCUUGUUCACUUCAGCAAGAAGAAAUCACGUACUAUGUCAGUUUACAAGAGGUAAAAUGUCAAUGAAUCAACAAGCUGUAACUACUCAUCUACUUAUUUGUUUAUUAUACCAUACUUUGUGCAUCCUUAUUUUAGACAAAAUAUGAUUGAUAUAAUUUUUGGAGGAUUU